CAGAGGACGGUUUCUCUUUUCCCUCAAACUCGACGAACUUCCAUGGGCAUGGAGCUGCACGUUCGCGCGUGCUCUGCGCGCAACCUGCUGGACAAGCAGACCUUCGGCAAGCAGGACCCGUACUGUAAGCUACAGCUUCGUGGCAAGAGCUUCAAGACACGAGUGCACGACAACGGACACAAGACACCCGUGUGGAAUGAAGUCUUUGUCUUCUCUGUCGUAGACCCACAGUUGGACCAGCUCGUAAUCGAGGUCAAGGACAAGAAUUUCACGUCCAGCACCCUGAUCGGCGAGUGUCGCCUGCCUGUGAGCAUGUUUCUUAGUGGCAGCGUCGUGGACCAAUGGUAUACACUCAACAAUGGCUCCAAGCGCGCGGGGGAGAUCAAUCUUCGCGUGCAGUUCAAGGGACCAGGAAUGCAGACCGCAGGAGCGGCCCCUGUUGCCUCCACCGAGAAGGCUCCAAAGCACGCCACGGCUCAAGCCUACCCGUACCCUCGACAGCCCAGCUACUCAACCCCACAACAGUAUCAUGCUUCCAGCGCUUACCCGGCGGCGAAUGCAUACCCAACGUCGUCUAGCACGGCGACAACGGCUGCUGUUGCUGCUGCCGCCGCCGUUGCAGCCACAUCAGCACCGCCUCCGCAGCCAUACUAUCAACAGCCACCCCCGCAGUACUCACAGCCACCCCCACAGUACUCACAUCCUCCGCCGCCUCAUUACGCACAGCAUCCUCCUCCGCAUUACGCACAACAGCCUGGAUACUACCCGCCGCCUCCCCCGCAGCCAGGUUACGGCUACCCACCUCCGCCCCCAGCCACUGUGGCUUACGCUGCUGGUCCUCCCGUGAUGGUAGUGCAGGGGCAACCCCACUAUGGUCAUCAUCACCACCACCAUGGCUCCCCUCGUGGCUACGGCGGUGGGGGCUUUGGUGGCUUCGGUGGAGGUGGUAGUCGCGGUGGAGGUGGCGGUAUGAGCACGGGACAGAUGGCUAUGGGUGUUGGUGCCGGCGUUCUCGGUGGUAUGCUGCUCGGCGAAGCGCUGGAUGAUGUCUUCGACUAGGCUUGACGAAAUCAGAAGCUUUGGCUGCUUUCUGAUGAAAAGUAAGUCUUAAUGAAGUCCU